AUGAUAUGGCAGGGCUUUAAGGUUAUAUUGAGUAAUGAUCUAGUGUCAACCAGUGAUUUUGAAAGCGUCCGCAUUGCCGUUGUUCUUUAUCCUCCCACCCCAAAUUCCCAGCUUCAAGACCAGAUUUUGCUGGCGACAAAUAUUGCAACGAUUUAUUUGUUCACCAACUGUGCUCAAUAA